AAAAAUCUUCUUACGUCAAUCGUAGACAAUGUUACUGUUAGUCUGUCUCCAGUGGUCUAUAUUACUCCUUGCGUUCGAGUCAGGGCCCUUUGCUUCUCAGCUAACUCAAAGACAUAACUCAUGCAUCUAGUUUCAAUUGCGGGUCGAAAUUUGCUUUACAGCCAUUCGAAAAAUUAUCGGUCUCCUUGCAGUCUAUUAUGAACUUUUCUCAACCUCGUUUUGCGAGGCAUCGUAGCUGGCGAAAGUUGCUUCCCGUACUUACGGUUCUCAGUCUACUCUCUUUUGGAUUCUGGAAUUGCUUUGCUCGGACCGGGGAUUCACUAGAAAGCGAGAUUCGCAAAGAUGCCCUCGGCGCGCCGAAUGGUAUGCCGGCUGAGCUUUCAACAGCGCUAGCUUACAAGCAAAGUUUUGGCUUUUUUGAUGAUAUUCUUGACGGGGCAUGGAGGAAAAUGCAGGAACGUGCCAGAAUUUUUAUUCAAUAUUCGAAUCCCCACAAUCCAAAUCAAGGUCAAACCGAUUCGGCCAGGUGGUAUGUUGAGAAUCUUGAACCUGAUUUUACUUGUCCACAAGUUCAGCGGGUCGGAGGACACGGUGAUGGACCGAAAUGGACCUGUGAUCCUAAUCGGCUUUUGAAAGAAGAACCAUGUCUGAUAUACUCGGUUGGCUCCGCAGGUAAAUACCAAUGGGAAGACGGCCUGAUCCACCUCUUGGGAGGUACGCAUUGUGAGAUUCAUGUGUUUGAUCCGGGAGCUUUUGCACGAUCCAGGGACGUGGAGGACAAAAAUAUUCACUACCACCAGUGGGGAUUCUCAAGCAGCUAUGUUAAAUCAUUUGUACCCGAUAUUUAUUCCAUGGGAGAAGCUUCCGGCAAACCAGUUAUGAAGACAUUUCAGGAUACCUUACGAGAGCUCGGUCACGUACAUCGUACAAUCCAUGUUCUGAAGCUAGAUUGUGAGGGCUGUGAAUGGGUGAACUACAGGGAUUGGAUUGAACUGGACAUUAGGCAGGUAUUGAUUGAGACGCAUCAGCUUCCUGAUCGACGAGCCGGGCCUGGUGCGCUGACGCCUUCCACUUUUUUUGAUGAAUUUCGGAAAAACAACUUUGCGAUGUUUAGUAAAGAAGCAAAUGUCAUCGCCCAAGGAACAUGUGUUGAGUUUGGAUACGUCAAGCUACAUCCUGACUUCUGGCACUGAUAGUGAUAACGCAUGUCUUUCGCUUACUCACCUUUGAGCGACCACUGACAGUGAGUGCAGGACGCAGUUCGCUACUUGCGGAUUUGAAAGUUCUCUAUAGUUUAAUUUGCGAGGCUUUGGAGGAUAAAAUGCAAUGGUAAAAACCGAUUUCACAGGCAGACUUAUAUAGACAGACAGUAAAUUGUC